AUGGCCGGAAGCACAACUUCGGGCAGUUCUCAUCGAGGAAUUCGGCUGUGCUUCCACUUAACGGCGGUUUUGGGGCUCGUGGCCUUGUGUCACGGCUUCCUCACCUUCGUUGGCGGAAGCGGCCUCCGUCCUCGUGUCCCCCGAGGGCCUCGAUCCGUGGUGCGUACUGCCGAGGGUGGGACAACGCUGGAGAAGAAACCCAAGGUGGGAAACGAAUACCGCCUGAAUGUCGGUCGUGCCAUUGAUGUCUUGCGUCGGGACAUGGUCGGUGUCUUUGGCCCUGGGCAGCACGUCCCAGACUUCUCCAUCUACAGCCCUGACAUUGAGGUGAUAGAUGCCCGUCUCCCAAGCUUCCAGCUUCGGGGCUUAGCCACCUACCAGCAGGUGCUCUCGACAAUGCAGUGGUCUAUCAAGACGACCUGCCACCGCAGCAAGAUGGAGAUUACAUCUCUGACACCGCCGGUCAAUGACCAGAUGUACGUCAGGUGGAGGCUGCACUUGUGGUUCAAAGACGUGCGCUCUCUGCUGGCCCCGGCUUUCGGUGGCUCGCCGAGGAUCAGCCUGGAGGGGCCCUUCGUUGUGGAGGGCUACUCGCGAUAUCAAUUCGAUCCUUGGUCUGCGGAGAUAGUCAAGCACACCAUUGACAUCACGAAUCCACCCAUGUACCUUUCAGACCUGGUGGCACAGUACUCUCCCAUGCCUUCGUGGAUGAUGCCAGUCAGCACAGGCCCCCUGGGCGUCCCAAGCCUCACGCGCGCGUGGCCCAUGCACUUCCAGAGCUCUGGUGGGGAGGAGAAGGCAUCGGCACCGUUAACAGGUUCCACUGCGCCUAGCGCCCGCAGCUCCGGCACGAGUCCUCGCUCAGACACUGCUCGGGGAGCAGUCCCAACCGCAAUGGCUAAAGCUGCGGGCAAGCCUUCAUCUCACAAGAUCUGUUUGCCGGGUCUGCCGCCUCGAAGCCCAGAAGACCUGGGACUUGACUCGCAGGUGCUGGCGGAACAUAGCGAGGCCAACGAGAGACAGAUCGCAAUUGGUUACAUGCCGGGAGUCGCGGAGUGUGCGCUCAAAGACAACUGUCUGGUAUAUGCCGAUAUCCGUGGCUACCAGGAUAAAGAGGCGCGGAAACCAAUGACCGAGAAGUCUUUGUUUCGAUGCCAUUCCAUGACGAAGCCGAUCACAGCAGUGGCAUUGAUGGCGUUGUGGGAGGAGGGUAAGCUGGGCUUGGAUGACCCGGUCCACAAAUACAUUCCGGCUUUCCGCCACAUGAAGGUCGCCAGGGGCAAGGUCCAUGAAGAUGCUUGCCGGCCGAUUACACUGCGCCACCUGGUCACCCACACCUCCGGCUUGGGUUAUGGUCCUUCGCGGGAGCGAAAGUCCGAAAAGCUGGAUGAGGGGCCGUACACCCGAUUCGUCAAGCGUGUGGAUGCCGGACUUGUCCCCAACUUGAAGAGCUUCUGCGACGAGCUCGCAUCAUUUCCGCUUCGAUUUCAUCCGGGAGAGAGGUGGGAGUACUCUAUGGGAAUGGACGUGCUUGGCCGUGUGCUGGAGGUGGUGUCUGGCAUGCUGGCCAAGCUCGUGCUGGCAAGCUUGACGGCUUCGGCACUUGCAGACCCGGCAGUCUCAUAUUAUCCAGCGAAUGACUCGGCCGGUGCCAUGAUCGAUGGUAGUGCACAGCUGCGGCGCCACUCCAACCAAAGUACUUAUCGCGGCUCAGCUGUCAAGAAGGACCAGAGCACGCAGGCGAGCGCAACCAUUUCUCCGAACGCGACUGAAGAUCUGUCGGGCUUUGCCCAGCCCUCCCUCUUACGAGGUGGAGCCUCGAGAGCUGGAUGGACUUGGCAGAAGACCUGCUGUUCGAAGUACCAGGUGAGAACCGAGAGCUACCAGACUGCGCAGGGGUACUUGAACCGGUGCUUACAGUACAGCCACUGUACGGGCUGGACCAAAGAGUGGUUGACCGGACCAGGACCCAAGAUCCUACUGACAGGAGUGGCGAGGCACCUGUCUCUGCGAGACAAGCUCGGAGCACCUCUUGCAACUUUCGGGCUUGCCUUUGCCUUUGCACAUAGUGACUCGUGCCGACAUGAUCUGGCAGAAGCCGACAUUGCAGUUGAGUCAGAUUUGUUUUGUCCCAUCCAAUCAGGAAUGCCUCUGGAUCGCUUCUUCCGGAAGCGGAUCUUCAAGAGGAUUGGGAUGAAAGACACAGCCUCUAAGCUGCAGCAUGCCGGCGGUUACGUCACCCAGCUUGUCCAGAGCGACGAUGAUGAGUUCCCUUCGUCUGAGGCCUUUUCUGUCAGUGCUUUCCGUGCUCGUCGCCGCUUGACCGCGUACUAUGUGACGAAGGCACGGUCAAAGCACAGAAAGACGAAGCUACCCAACAAGUUCUCCGCGAGACGCGCUGAUGGCCGCCAUCCGCAGUUCAGCGCAUGGGUACGUGGCCGAUCGCUGCGAGUGCUGUCGGGAGGUGGCAUCUGCGGAUCUUUCGCAGGCGGACUCUUGUCGUCGCUUCGAGAUCAGGCGCUAUUCUGCGCGGCGUUGCUAAACGGAGGCUACUCACACGCCAGCGGUCGACGAGUACUGGAGCCCGGAACGGUUAGGAUGCUAUGCCGCGAUUGGCUUCGUAUGAAGUCUGUCGCAGACAAAGAUGUUCUCCCUGGGUGGGGCAUGCAUUCUAUGGGUAUUGGAUGGUGUCCUGUCGGCCAUUGGAUUCCUGAACUUCACGAGAUGUUUAUGGGUGGAAUAACUACGUCUUGGUCCAUCAACUUCAGCGCGAAGAUCAUCCAAGUCACAAUGACCUCCAGCUCUUGCGAUGCUGAUGUCCAUGGAUGGGAUCAUCGAAGGGACGACCUCGACGGUUGCAUCAAGCAUGCGUUGAAGGUCUGCAAACGAAAGCAGAAGCAUCUGCGCAUGCAUCGCCGAAAGUGUUCGAGGAGAAAGAUGGCGAGAUCGCGGAGGUGGCAAAGGGCCAGUGGGGCAACGGGGCAUACUACAGUUUGGUGGAACUUUCUCUCCGCCCAGGGCCUUGUGCACAUCUAUGGCGAGCUCAUUGAAAAGGGUCUGCGGGGCAGUGGCAAAGCCAAAAAUUGCCUGCAAAGCGGGGCGAACUGGUGGCACAACGAGGAGGAGGAGGAGAGCACAAGCGAGGGGGGCGAUUUCUAG